UUCGACACAGAGUUUGUCAACCUCUACGACCACUUCAACAUGUUCACGGGCAAGUUCUACUGCUACGUCCCCGGGAUCUACUACUUCAGCCUCAAUGUGCACACCUGGAACCAGAAGGAGACGUACCUGCACAUCAUGCGCAACGGGGCGGAGGUGGUGAUCCUCUACGCCCAGGUGAGCGACCGCAGCAUCAUGCAGAGCCAGAGUGUCAUGCUGGAGCUGCAGGAGCAGGACGAGGUCUGGGUGCGGCUCUACAAGGGUGAGCGCGAGAACGCCGUCUUCAACGACACUUACAUCACCUUCAGCGGCCACCUCAUCAAGUACAGCGGGGAACCCUGA